AUGCCUGUCUACCAGGGGGUUGAUGGCAGCCUCCACCUCAGUGGAAUAAACUUGGGAGCUGCUGGUUGGUCGGCAAUAAGGAGGCAUGAAAGAAUGCAUACCAGAAGACCCUAUCAUGUGGAAGAUGCUGAAAAAUACUGCCUUGAGGAUGACUUGGUCAAUUUAGAGGUUCUGGAUGAGGAUUCAAUUAUUCGUCAGUUGCAAAAGCGUUACAUGGACUUGGUGAUCUACACAUAUGUUGGAGACAUCUUAAUUGCCUUAAACCCCUUCCAGAAUCUAAGCAUAUACUCUCCACAGUAUACUCCUUAUGUACCCAUCAAUACGAGACUGGUUAAAUUGACUCUGGUACAUCCGUACAAUGGACCAAGCAGCGGUGAAAAAGUUGAAGAAGUUCUCAGUUGCAUUGUCAUCAGUGGAGAAAGUGGCUCUGGGAAGACAGAAAGUGCCCAUCUGAUUGUUCAGCAUUUGACUUUCUUGGGAAAGGCCAGUAAUCAGACCUUGAGAGAGAAAAUUCUGCAAGUCAACUCCCUGGUGGAAGCCUUUGGAAAUGCAUGCACUGCCAUCAAUGACAAUUCCAGCCGUUUUGGAAAAUAUCUGGAAAUGAUGUUUACACCAACCGGAGCUGUGAUGGGGGCAAGAAUGUCUGAGUAUCUCCUUGAAAAAUCCAGAGUUAUAAAACAGGCAGUGUAUAUAGCCGAUGAAACUGGAAGGGUGAUACAUGACAUAACUAACAAGGAGUCUUACAGAAGACAAUUUGAAGCAAUUCAGCAUUGCUUCAGAAUUAUAGGGUUCACUGACAAGGAGGUGCACUCAGUGUACAGAAUUUUGGCUGGGAUUUUAAAUAUUGGAAGCAUUGAGUUUGCGGCUAUUUCCUCUCAACAUCAAACUGAUAAAAGUGAGGUGCCCAAUGUUGAAGCUUUGGAAAACGCUGCCUCCGUUCUCUGCAUCAGUCCUGAAGAACUCCAAGAGGCCCUUAUCUCAUACUGUGUGGUCACCCGUGGUGAGACCAUCGUCCGAGCCAAUACUGUCGAUAGGGCUGCGGAUGUCCGAGAUGCUAUGUCCAAAGCAUUGUAUGGGAGGCUCUUCAGUUGGAUUGUCAAUCGCAUCAAUACACUCCUGCAGCCAGACAAAAGCAUAUGUAGUGCAGAUGAUGGUAUUAAUGUGGGGAUCUUGGAUAUUUUUGGAUUCGAGAACUUUCAGAGAAAUUCAUUUGAACAGCUCUGCAUAAACAUCGCCAAUGAGCAAAUCCAGUACUAUUUCAACCAGCACGUUUUUGCUCUUGAGCAGAUGGAAUAUCAGAAUGAAGGCAUUGAUGUUACACCUGUGGUGUAUGAGGACAAUCGCCCACUCCUGGACAUGUUCCUCCAGAAACCCCUGGGACUGCUUGCGCUUUUGGAUGAGGAAAGUCGAUUUCCCCAAGCAACUGAUCAGACCCUAGUUGAUAAAUUUGAAGAUAAUCUACGAAGCCAAUACUUCUGGAGGCCUAAGGGAGUGGAGCUGUGCUUUGGCAUUCUGCACUACGCUGGGAAGGUGUUGUAUGAUGCUUCCGGGGUUCUGGAAAAAAACAGAGACACGCUCCCUGCUGAUGUGGUUGUGGUCCUGAGAACGUCAGAAAACCAGCUUCUGCAGCAACUCUUCUCAAUUCCUUUGACCAAAACAGCUCCUUGGCUUGCAGGUAACUUGGCCCAGACAAGAGCCAGGAUAACAGCAGCCUCAAGAUCUUUGCCUCCACAUUUCAGUGCUGGGAGAACCAAAGUGGACACUCUGGAGGUGAUACGACAUCCCGAAGAAACCACCAACAUGAAGAGACAGACCAUGGCUUCUUACUUCCGGUAUUCUCUGAUGGAUCUGCUCUCCAAAAUGGUGGUCGGACAGCCCCACUUUGUGCGCUGCAUUAAACCCAAUGAUGACCGAGAGGCCCUGAAGUUCUCCCGAGAGAGUGUGCUGGCCCAGCUCCGCUCCACAGGGAUCCUGGAGACAGUCAGCAUCCGCAGGCAGGGCUAUUCCCAUCGCAUCCUCUUUGCAGAGUUUGUGAAAAGGUAUUAUUACUUGGCAUUCAAAGCACAUGAAAUGCCUCUUGCUAGCAAAGAGAGCUGUGUUGCUAUCUUGGAAAAAUCCAGAUUAGAUCACUGGGUGCUGGGAAAAACAAAGGUUUUUCUCAAAUACUAUCAUGUCGAGCAGUUAAAUUUGCUGCUGCGAGAAGUCAUAGGCAGAGUGGUUGUGCUGCAAGCGUAUGCCAAGGGGUGGCUUGGAGCCAGGAGAUACAAAAGAAUCAGAGAGAAGAGAGAGAAGGGGGCCAUUGCCAUCCAGUCAGCCUGGAGAGGAUAUGAUGCUCGGAAGAAAUUUAAGAAAAUAAGCAACAGAAGGAGUGAGUCUGUGGUUCCUAUUCAAGCAGGGCACCCUUCAGACCAAAGCAGUGAUCUGCAGCCCACUGUCACAAGGGAAAGCAAGGGAGGUGUCCCGGAUCAAGACCAUGGUGAACCUAGUGACCACACAGAUCAUAAAAGAAGUCCACAAACAGAAUUCAACAGUGGCCAUGCAGAGACUUCAAGCAACUCUCCUGUUGUCACUGAGAAAAAUCGGCAUCCACAAACCCAGUGUUCUCCAAAAGGGUGUGAUGUCUCCGCAGGACAUUCAAAUAAGCACUCCAUUUCUGGGACUGAUCUGCUAUCUUCUCGGACAUGCCAUGCUGCCCCAGGUUGCCCAGGACCAAGUCCUUCAAAAGGAGCCCCUACAAAGCUUGAAAACGGUCUUAUACAGAAGCAGCGAACACCUCGCCGAAGAUGUCAGCAGCCCAAAAUGUUGAGUAGCCCUGAGGACACCAUGUACUAUAACCAGUUAAAUGGAACUCUAGAAUAUCAAGGGAGCAAGAGGAAGCCAAGAAAACUUGGCCAAAUCAAAGUGCUUGAUGGAGAAGACGAAUAUUACAAAUCUUUGUCACCUGUGGACUCUGUUCCUGAGGAAGAUAACCCAUCCUGCCCUUUCCUUUCUUCCUCACCCUCAAAAGGAGCAUCUUCUGCUCAGCUCUGAGGUAUACUUUCUGCCCCCCACCCAGUCUGUUCAGGAUAGUAUCUCUGCAAGAAUACCUGACAUGAAGAAAACCAACAAGGUGAAAAAUGCUGUCAAGACAAAAUAACUGACCCUGGACAAAACAGAAAUCAUCCCGGGAAUACCACAGUUUUUAAAAGCUUCAUUGCAAAACCAUUGGUGUUCAUGUUAUGAGCUGCUGAUUUUUCUUCCAUUUUGGUACAUCUGCAGACAUGCCUCCAUCCACUUUAACUUACUUUAUUUUUAAAUGUCAUGCAAAUACAGAAAAAGGCACAAAUCAGAAGACUCAACUCAAUAAGUUAUCAGAAAGUCGGUAUCUACAUAACUGCCCCUACAGUCAAGUUAUC